AUGGGGAGCGCGGAGCUGGGGGACGGCCCGAGGGUGCUGCGGGCACUCACCGGGUGCCUGCUGGGCGCCCUGGUGCUGAGCACGCUGCUGGGCAAUGCGCUCGUGUGCCUCGCCAUCCUGCGCUUCCGCCAUCUCCGCAACAAGGUCACCAACUGGUUCGUGCUGUCGCUGGCCGUCUCGGACCUCUGCGUGGCCCUCUUGGUGAUGCCCUGGAAGGCGGUCACUGAGGUGGCUGGAGGCUCCUGGCUCUUUGGCAGGCACUUUUGUGACACCUGGCUGGCCUUCGACAUCAUGUGCUCCACAGCCUCCAUCCUCCACCUCUGCAUCAUCAGCCUGGACCGGUACUGGGCCAUCGCCAGCCCCUUUCGCUAUGAGCGCAGGAUGACACAGCGCCUUGCUUGUGCCAUGAUAGCCGUGGCCUGGGCUCUCUCCAUCCUUAUCUCCUUCAUCCCGGUGCAGCUACACUGGCAUAAAGCCAAGGACAGUAGAAAUGCAGGCUCCUGGCUACUUGGGACACCCCGCUGUGAUGUCAGAUUGAACCCCACUUAUGCCAUCACCUCCUCCCUUAUCAGCUUCUACAUCCCCGUGGCCAUAAUGAUCAUCACCUACACCAGGAUCUACAGAAUUGCCCAGGCCCAGAUCCGCCGCAUCUCCACCCUUGAGAGAGCAGGGGGGCAGCGGCCAGCUCCUGGCAAGGAGCCCACCUCCUCUUUACGGAGCUCCUUGCACAAGGAGACCAGGGUGCUGCAGACCCUUUCUAUCAUAAUGGGAGUCUUUGUUUGCUGCUGGCUGCCCUUCUUCCUGCUGAACUGUCUGCUGCCCUUCUGCCAGCCCAGCCUCGAGGAAGACCCUGAGGGACAGUCACUUUGUAUUGGCCAAACCACCUUCAAUGUCUUUGUGUGGUUUGGCUGGGCCAACUCUUCAGUGAAUCCAGUGAUCUAUGCUUUCAAUGCAGACUUCAGGAGAGCUUUCAGCAAUCUCUUGGGCUGCCGGUGCUGCUGCUGUGGGGCACCCAAAUCCCCUGUGGAGAGGGUCAAUUUCAGCAAUGAGCUGGUUUCCUAUCACUGUGACAGCACCUGCCAGAAGGAAGGAGCUGUGGCAUCCUCAGUACCUCCUGCUGCCGUCACUGCCUGGGUGCAGCCCCUGCCCCAUGCCAAAAGCCUCCAGAGAGAGGACAGCAGUGAGAUGUCAUCUAUGGAGAAGAGGGUUGUGACUUCUCAGACACAGACUGCCCCUGGCAGCAGCCCCAAGAGUUGUCAAGUGCCAGCUAUUUUGCAAGUGGAUUGCAAGGCAAAGCCAUCCCUGGAAACUGUUGCCCCCUGUACAGGACUUGGUCAGUGUGAGGGACCCCAUUGCCUUGUUUCAGAGGGAUGA